AUGGGAAAUGAGAAAGUAGUGAUGAUAAGGGGAGAUGCAAACCCCAAGGAGAGCAGUCCUUUCAUUAACAGCACUGAGGCUGAGAAAGGGAAGGAGUAUGAUGGAAAAAACAUGGCUCUGUUCGAGGAAGAAAUGGACACCAGUCCUAUGGUAUCAUCUCUUCUCAGCGGACUAGCCAACUACACCAACCUUCCCCAAGGGGUCAAAGAGCAUGAAGAGGCUGAAAAUAAUGAGGGGACCAAGAAGAAACAAGUCAAGGCUACUCGGAUGGGUACAAUCAUGGGCGUCUACUUUCCCUGUCUGCAGAAUAUUUUCGGAGUCAUAUUGUUCUUGCGUCUCACAUGGGUCGUAGGUGUUGGAGGAAUCAUGGAGUCCUUUUUCAUUGUAAUCUUGUGCUGCUCCUGUACCAUGCUGACAGCCAUCUCAAUGAGUGCCAUCGCUACCAAUGGUGUUGUCCCAGCUGGCGGUUCCUACUACAUGAUCUCUCGCUCGCUGGGUCCUGAAUUCGGGGGUGCAGUGGGACUCUGUUUCUACCUGGGGACAACAUUCGCCGGUGCUAUGUAUAUCCUGGGCACCAUUGAAAUCCUGGUGACUUACAUAUUCCCCAGUAUGGCAAUUUUCAAAGCCGAGGAUGCCAGUGAGGAACCAGCAGCCAUGUUGAAUAACAUGCGUGUGUAUGGAACGUGUGUCCUCACCUGCAUGGCUCUGGUAGUCUUUGUGGGAGUCAAAUACGUCAACAAGUUUGCCCUGGUAUUCCUGGCAUGUGUCAUUUUAUCCAUUCUUUCCAUUUAUGCUGGAGUUAUCAAAUCUGCAUUUGAACCACCAAAUUUCCCUGUCUGCAUUCUAGGGAACAGGACACUGUCACAGCAAGAUUUUGACAUAUGUGCCAAAGUAAUCACGGUGGCCAACGAGACUGUGACCACCAAACUUUGGCAACUCUUCUGCUCGUCUAGUUUCCUUAAUGCCACGUGCGAUGAAUACUUUGAGAAAAACAACGUUACUGAGCUGCAGGGGAUUCCGGGAGUCGCCAGUGGACUAAUCACAGAAAACCUGUGGGCAAAUUAUUUGACUAAAGGUGUGAUCGUGGAGCACAGUCAGCUGUCAUCUGUCACCUCCUCACCCCAAAAAGUUGACUUGGAUCAACCUUAUGUGUUCACCGACAUGACGUCUUAUUUCACCCUGCUGGUCGGCAUCUACUUCCCUUCAGUAACAGGAAUCAUGGCCGGUUCAAAUCGAUCUGGAGAUCUCAGAGAUGCCCAAAAGUCUAUUCCAGUUGGCACGAUCAUGGCGAUUGCAACAACCUCAGCAGUCUAUGUUACCAGUAUUAUUCUCUUUGGUGCAUGUAUCGAAGGCGUGGUACUCCGAGACAAAUUUGGAGAAGCUGUGAAUGGAAAUCUUGUCAUUGGAACGUUGUCCUGGCCAAACCCUUGGGUCAUUGUGAUUGGCUCAUUCUUCUCGACGUGUGGCGCUGGCCUUCAAAGCCUUACAGGUGCCCCUCGGCUCUUACAGGCCAUCUCUCGAGAUGGGAUCGUGCCCUUCCUAAGGGUAUUUGGCCAUGGAAAAGCAAAUGGCGAACCCACCUGGGCCCUGCUACUGACAGCGUGCAUCUGUGAAACAGGAAUUCUCAUUGCCUCUCUGGAUGAGGUGGCCCCCAUCCUUUCGAUGUUCUUCCUAAUGUGCUACAUGUUUGUGAACCUGGCCUGUGCUCUGCAAACCUUACUCCGAACUCCAAACUGGAGACCCCGAUUCAAAUUUUACCACUGGUCUAUGUCAUUCCUGGGAAUGAGCCUGUGCUUGGCCUUGAUGUUUAUAUGCUCUUGGUACUAUGCCAUAGUGGCCAUGGUAAUUGCUGGACUUAUCUACAAAUACAUUGAGUUCAAUGGAGCUGAGAAAGAAUGGGGCGAUGGAAUCCGUGGCCUGUCACUCAGUGCAGCACGUUAUGCUCUGCUUCGGCUUGAAGAAGGCCCUCCGCACACCAAGAAUUGGAGGCCCCAGCUUCUUGUGCUCGUAAAGGUGGACCAAGACCAGAAUGUCAAACACCCACAACUUUUGACUUUCACGUGCCAGCUGAAGGCCGGGAAAGGGCUCACCAUUGUGGGCUCUGUGUUAGAAGGCAGCUUCCUGGAAAAUCAUCCCCAAGCCCAACGUGCCGAGGAGUCGAUUAAACGCCUGAUGGAAGUGGAGAAGGUGAAAGGGUUUAGUCAGGCGGUGGUGUCAUCCAACCUGCGCGAUGGGAUGUCCCACCUCAUCCAGUCCUGUGGGCUGGGAGGAAUGAAGCACAACACUGUCCUGAUGGGUUGGCCACGAGCCUGGAGGCAAUCCAAUGAUCCCAGAGCAUGGAAAAACAUCAUUGAAGUGGUUCGGGAGACAACUGCUGCUCGCUUGGCCCUCCUUGUAGCUAAAAAUGUUGCUGCGUUCCCGUCUAAUCAGGAGAGAUAUGCAGAGGGCUACAUCGAUGUCUGGUGGAUAGUCCAUGACGGAGGAAUGCUCAUGCUGCUCCCUUUCCUCCUCAGGCAGCACAAGGUGUGGAAGAAGUGCAAGAUGCGCAUUUUUACAGUGGCCCAAAUGGAAGAUAACAGCAUCCAAAUGAAGAAGGACCUUACAGUGUUCCUCUAUCACCUGCGGAUUGCAGCUGAGGUGGAAGUCGUAGAGAUGCACGACAGUGACAUCUCAGCUUACACAUACGAGCGGACUCUGAUGAUGGAGCAGAGGUCCCAGAUCCUGAAGGAAAUGCAAUUGACAAAGAAUGAGCGGGAGCGCGAGAUUCAGUGCAUUACUGAUGAGUCACGGGGCUCCAUUCGCCGUAAACAUCCAGCGAAGGCCAAGCUGAGACUGAGCUCUCAGGAUGAACAGGAGGGAAGUGCCGAAGAGAAGCCCGAGGAGGAGGCCUGCUCUUCCUCACCUCCACAGUCAGGACCAGUCCAGAUUCAGUUGAUUCUUGACAAGACAGCUUCUACUCAGUCAAUAGCCUCGCAGUCACCUGCUGAUGAGACGAGCACACCUGGGGAGAAAGUUCACUUGACCUGGACGAAAGACAAGACAGCAGGAGACAGAAGUAAAAACAAAGGACCCGUCACACCAGAAGAAAUCCGGGAUCUCUUCAGUAUGAAACCUGAAUGGGAGAAUUUAAAUCAAUCAAAUGUCCGGCGGAUGCACACUGCAGUGAAACUGAAUGAAGUCAUUGUGAAGAAGUCUCAGGAUGCAAAGCUGGUCCUCCUGAACAUGCCCGGGCCUCCUAGAAAUCGGAACGGAGAUGAAAACUACAUGGAGUUCCUGGAGGUGUUAACAGAAGGCCUGGAACGAGUGCUGUUGGUUCGUGGUGGGGGUCGUGAAGUCAUCACCAUUUACUCCUGAGGGUCGGACAUGGCCAGCAAUGACGCAACGAACCCAUCACAGCUUUCUAUCAGUAACUCCCCACCUCAUCUCAAUAUACAGCAUUUGCCAUGCAGCUAAUGAAACUUCCUGUCCCAUUCCUGGUAAUGGUUUUUGUAAAGCGUUUCCUUUUGGAGACAGGAUAGAAAAUAACAAUGAAAAGACUAAGAAGGGGAAUGCUCACCUACACAGCUUCUUGUCUUAAAUUACUUUGUGUCCUCUCUCAACUUUUGUUGUUCCCUAGGAACCUGUCAUUGGAGUUGCAAUAUUAGAAAGCUAGCAUUAGAAGACAUGGGCACUGUAGAUAUGAGUAACCACUUCUAGGGUGUGUGGCUAUAUAUACAAUUUAGCAGCAUUUACAAGACUAGAGAAACCUUUUCUGGAAAGCAUUCUGUCCACAGUUUAACCUUUGGUAUAUCACGGGUGGAUUAUUCCACAGUUCAGCUAUCAGGCUGGGACUCUUCUACCUUACACUACAGUUUCAGGUCAAAGGUUGGCUUGCUUGUAUGUGUGUCAAUCUCCAGCCACUGGCCCUUUGCUUGGUAUUCAUCCACUAGAAGGUUAACCUAUUCAAGGAGGG